UCGUCGCUACGUCACUUCCCGGUUAAACGUGGCCGCAAGGAGUGGCAUCCAAGCUAGCGUCGCGAGCUGUCAAGCUGUAGAACCCGAGAGAGCUAGCGGAAAGACUGUUGAAUCAGCCGGCGCAGCUGAUCGGCUUAAAUGACUCGGCGGGCCGGCAAUUGAGCGUGUUAUCGUUGCCUGCGUCGUUACCGGAACCCUCUUCAGGCCUGUCAAGUAUCCGUUUCAGGCGAACGAGAGACAAAACAUGUCGUCCUCGGGCGAUUUCGGCAAUCCAUUGCGGAAGUUCAAGCUCGUCUUUUUAGGCGAGCAGAGCGUCGGGAAGACGUCACUUAUUACACGAUUUAUGUACGAUAGCUUUGACAACACAUACCAGGCUACGAUAGGUAUAGACUUCUUAAGCAAAACUAUGUAUCUCGAGGAUAGAACUGUCAGACUACAGCUGUGGGACACAGCGGGCCAAGAACGGUUCCGUUCUUUGAUACCUAGUUACAUCAGAGACUCCACAGUCGCUGUCGUUGUUUAUGAUAUUACUAACGCCAAUUCGUUUCACCAAACAUCCAAAUGGAUAGACGAUGUGCGGACUGAAAGAGGAAGUGAUGUGAUAAUUAUGCUAGUGGGCAAUAAAACAGAUUUGAGUGAUAAGAGGCAAGUUUCGACGGAAGAGGGCGAGCGGAAAGCGAAGGAAUUAAAUGUGAUGUUUAUCGAAACUAGUGCUAAGGCUGGAUACAAUGUGAAACAGCUAUUUAGAAGAGUAGCGGCAGCUUUACCGGGUAUGGACUCCACCGAAAACAAGCCACCCGAAGACAUGCAAGAGGUAGUGCUCAAGGAUACUCCAAUCGAACUGAAAGCCUCGGAGAGCAGUUGUGCAUGCUAAGUCGUCGUCGGCCUAUACGGUAGCAGGGUAUCGAAUCGAAUCGAAAGAGGCCUUUGUUAAGUUUCGACUAGGGCCUGAACCGUUCCAAACUGUUUUGGAGCGGUUUGGGAACCUCUUUCGAGAAAUAUAAAUUGAUUUUCAAAGGAAAUUCUUGAGAAGGGUUUAAAUUUUCGAUUUUUUGAAAUAAGCACUUGUAUAUAAGUAAAUAUUACAAUAUAUUAAUAUUAUCACAUGUAUAUAUAUGUACAUAUAUAUAUAUAUAUAUAUAUAUAUAUAUAUAUAUAUAUAUAUAUCAUAAUUACAGAUAUUACAGAUAUUACACUGUAAUAAUAUUAAUAUAUUAUUAUUUACUCAACAAUAUUAUGAUUUCUUCGAAAAAAUCGAUAAAUUUUGUCUGAGAAAUUUCCUUAGAAAAAAUAUCUAUAAGAUUAUCAUAAUAUAUAAAUAAUAAUUUAAUAUUAUUAAUUUAUUAAUUUACUUUUAUUUGAGAUAAUUCAAAGAAACAUAUUAUUUUAUUUCCGUUCGAUGCCCUGAUUGGUAGACAAGACGGAGCUAAGUUAACUUAUAAGUUAAUGACUCUUAGAACCUUAGGAUACCGAUUGUAUUUGGCCUGUGCUUUUUCGCAGAGUCGGAAAACUCCUGGAAGGCUACGUGCACUAAAGCAGCAACAAUUCUUAUUAAAACGAGAAAAAAAGUUUCACACACUAUAGCUUAAGACUGCUUUUACACAAUGACAUGUUUUCGUAUGCUAAUGGAUCGUAGAAAGGAUUAUUAACCCUCACAGCUUUGAUUAUAUGCUCUUCACCAGAAUUAUGGAGUAUCUUUAAUAAUUUACAAAAAACCAUAUUAAUCAAUCUUUAAAUUGAAGCAAAUUAAAAAGGUAAUAAGUUUUUUUUAUAUGUUUCAUUAUUACUAUAAUUAAAAUUAUUUCGAUAUAAAUGUUAUAAUUAAAAUUAUUCGAAUUUUGAAAAUUAAAUUAUAUGAAGUAUGUUUGAAUUAAGAAUAAUUUAAGUUAAAAGAUUAUUAUUUAGAAACUUGUUACGUCUAAUUUAGAAGCUUAUUAGUUUAUUAAUAGCGCUUCAUAUAUUUUGGGCGAGAGAAAUGCUGUAUUUAUUACAUAUUUAUAAAAAUAGAGAAAUUUAUAAAAUUUUAUUGUUUUUUUUUUUUGGUUUUUAUUAUAUAAUUUUGUCCCCAUUUAGUAUAAAUCAAAGCUAGGAGGGUUAUUACAGUCCUUAUUAAGGUCUCAAAGUUCACCUAAGUUUAUUUUGCUUGUUAAUAUAGAUUGUCUAAUAUCGUACAGUAUUUUUUUAACUCGUGUAAUUAAAUAUCAAUUAAACCAAUAAUUGCUCAAAUUCACAUUAAACAAAUGAUAGGAAAAUGGCAUUUAUCGUAUUCUUGUUUAUCGGCGUUUCUAAGAACGAGAUAUUAUUAAUUGUCGUACACAUUUGCAAUAAAAGAAACAAAGACAGCUGCAAUUUACAUUUAUGAUAUUUAGAAACAUUUGCAUCAAUUAAAAAAUUACAGAUUAUAGAUUACAGAGUAAACGUUACAUGUUGCGUAAAUGCAGUCCCUUUCGAGAUAAUUGAAUUACAUUUUUCAACAAAAGAUCAAGUUCUGAUAGCUAAUAAUACAUAAAUUUUCGCUUUAUAUAAUGUUAGAAAAAGAUAUGACUAAAACCUAAUGUAUUAACCAUUUUUCUCAUCAAACUAAAUCUAAAUAAAUAGAUAUCUGUUAACGAAUUAAUAGAAGACAAGAAAGAAAAGAAAGAAAAAAGUGGAAAGGUAUUUGAGAGAAAUUUUUCUACGGAAUUUGUGGAUAAUUAAUUAGCAGCUAACUCUAUAUCUCUUUUCUACAAAUAUUUUUAAAGUACGUAGCAUAAAUGACAAUCCUGUACAGUUUCACAUUUAUUCAAGAUAUUAAAUUUUUUUUCUACAACUUAUUAUUUAUAUAUUCUUUUUAGAUUGACACAAUUUUGUUUAGAAAGAAGAAAAAGAAUCUUUUGUCUGAAAUUACAUAUAAAAAUAUUAAAUAAAAUUAAAAAUGUAUGUAUAUAUAAAAUAGAUUUUUGGUUUUAAAAGUUAAUUGUCUUUUUUGUUUACAAUUUCUCUGUUAACUAUAAUAUUUUAUUUAUGUAAAAAAAAUCUUAAAACUUUAUUAUUUUUCAUAUUGAUUCUAUGCCAAUGGCUUUUUUUAUUUUUCCUUUUGUUCUCUUUUUCCAUCUGAAUUUUUCUUUAUUCUUUAAUUUAUCUUUCUUAAAGAAUAGAAUUUAUUUUUAAAAAUCUAUUUUAAUUAAUUUAUUUUCGCUUUGUAUUUGAUUUUUUGAUUUUUUAUUUAAUAAUUUUUUUUUUUAAUAAGGAUACUCAAAAAAAUCUUGAAACAUAAAUAUCAAAACAAGUUAAUUAUUAUAAAAAAAUAUUAUUAAUAUCAAUUUUAAUAUUUUUGAUGAUUAACAUAAAAAGUUUUGUGACUCCUUUAAAGAUCUAAAAAAAUAUUUAUUUUUUAUAUUAAAUUUGAAUCGAAUAAAUAUAUUUUGAUUGGUAGAAAAUUAAUUUUAAAUAUUAAAUUUAAAUUUAUAUGUGAGCAAAUUUUAAUUAGAUUCUUUAAUCGAAUUUUUUGUAACACAUGUUUUUUAUUUUAUUCUACAUUUUGUAAUAUUUUUUUUAUGGUUCGAUUAGAAAAUACCUUAAGAAAUUUGCAUAAUAAAAGUAGCGCUAGAAAAUAUUCUCCGUCCCGUUUUUGACUUUUAUACACUUCUCAAUUGUCACAGCUUUGAUAGGAAUUAAUUCGCACGCGCGUGCGAUAUUGUAAUAAUAUUAAAUCUAUAUGCUCUGAUGAGAGAGAGAGAGAGAGAGAGAAAGAGAUGAAUUAUUAAUCAAAAGAAAAUUAAAGGGAAAAACUGAUUAUAUUGAUUUGGCAGCGAUAAUUAUUGAAUCAGUAGGUUAUGAGUAGACGAAUAUCUAGAGAUUUGAUUAAUAAAAAAAGAAUUUGUCAUCAUUAUAGUAUCAUUAAGAAUUACACUGUAUGUACUCUCUAUCUGAUUUGUAAGAGCUCAUUGUAAUGCCUCAUCAACGCGCAUUAAUUAAGUUUAAUGCUACCAAUCAAAUGUUUACAAAGUGCAAUAAUGUAUUUAUUGACCAAUAAUAUUGCCAAAUUACAAAAAUUACAUUAAA